AUGCCCAAACCAACAUCAAUCAGGCCCAUGUUUGCACAAUUUUUAAUAGUUGGAAUACCACCUAACGGAAAACCAACAGAUAAACCGAUUCCUCUUGUUAUUUACCCUCCAAAUCAAAUUGAAAGUUUGCCAUUUUCAGCUAUCGUGGAUUAUUCAUUGCCAACCGGAACGAAACCUCAAUGCGAACCUGUUUUAGAUGAUAUAAUUAACGAUAUGUUCAUUUUCAGGGUUCAUUCAGCAAAUUAUGAUUUUAUCUCUGCUUGCGUUCUUGUAACUCAUAAAAAUGGUAAACUUCCAUUUUACGCAAGUGAGAACACUCGAAACACACAAUUUGCAUAUAUUAUUACAAGCAGAAAUGUUUAUUAUGCCAGUCAUAUGAAAUUUUUACGCUUUGCUGCAAGUUAUUUCUCAGGCAGAAUUCAAAAUCCUAACAUCACAUAUGCAAAACCAAUCAAUGUUCCUCAAUUAAUGCCACAAGUUCUUCCACAAGAUUAUACAGCUACUCUCAACAUAUUACAUCAUAACUCUUUCCAUCUCCCACUCUUUGCAUGCGACUCUAUACAUUCCUACUUCCAAUUCCAGCAUGGCGAGAAUAAAAUGAAAUUGACGCCAUAUCACUACGUCGGACCGACAUCUGUACCUAACCAGACAAUUAAGUAUAGUGAGUUUUUCUCAUUCGAUACACUAUUUUCCAUUUUCCCGACAAAAUCUAUUCUUACCUUAAUUUCCUGUGCGCUUUGUGACCACAGGAUUGUAUUUGUCGGAAAGUCCUUACAAAACAUUACCAUGUCAGUUACAGCUUUAUCCCAUUUACUUCGUCCUUUGAAAUUUUCAGGGGCGGUCGUUCCGAUUUUACCAGCAAAUCCAUCGUAUAUUACAUUACUCGAAGCUCCUACACCAUAUAUUAUCGGAGUUCCACGCUGCGACCUUCUUCCAAGCGUAGAUGUUGAUGAUGGAGUAAUUCUCGCGGAUACUGACUCCGGAAUGGUUGAUUUCGGUAACAAUGUUGGUAUAUCAUUCCCAAAGAUCAACGAAUGCGCUAUGAAGCUCGAUGAAAUUGACGAUAAAAGAGGAACCACAGAUUUUUCUUUUCCUCUCGAUUUCAGGAGGAAGAAAAACCCAGUUUGCAAGAGUUUUUCAGCCGGUGGAGUUGAAGCAAUUAUCCAAGCAGUCGGCCAACCGCUACAGAAACUCAACGCUGACCACAUAAAGAAGUUCUUCAUGAAGGAUUUGGAUGCAAAGGACGGAGUCUUCUUCGACAAAAAGAUGUGGAUAGAAACUGUCCCGAAAGAUGAUAAGGACUUCGCCAUUGCUAUCACUGAGUCUCAGGCUUUCACACAUUAUGUUGAAUCCCUCAUUAGAAAGCACGAAGACAAUUGA